AUGGCUGAAGCACUGUCCGACUCCGCCGAGGACAUCGAUCGGCGUGGAGACCUCAACAACAACGAAAAAUCCUCUGUCAAUGCAGCCACUGAUGCCGAACUAGAUGCCACAUCGCCCCCGCCCCCUCCUCCGCGCCGCCGAGAACGGGACUCUAGGGAGCGGAGAGACGAUAGGGACAUUGAUCGGCCGCCUCGCCGUGACUACUAUGACCGCAAUCGAUCCCCACCCCCGCGUACGAGGGAUUAUCAUAAGCGGGGGAGGAGCCCUAGUCCUCCUCCCCCACCUUAUCGAGACAGACGAGGAGGUGGAGUGCACUCACCUCCUUCUAGACGAUCGCCUCCAUUUCCGCCUUAUAAAAGAUCGAGGAGAGAUGAUGGAUUUGAUGGAAGGAGGUGGAGUCCUAGGGGAAGAGGGUAUGGACCCGGGAAUCGUAGGUUCGGAUAUGAUUAUCCUGGUGGCUAUGAUCGCGAGAUGGGAGGUAGGCAGGGAUAUCUUGAUGAAAGGCCUCAUGGACGAUACAUGGGCCGGUCAUCAGGUGGGUAUCAAGGAGCUCCAUCUGAUUGGGAUUCUGGUCGUGGUGGCUUUGGUGAUGCUUUCGUCACUGGGAGCACUCAGAGGGAAGGAAUGAUGUCUUAUAAGCAGUUCAUUCAAGAGCUUGAGGAUGAUGUUUUGCCAUCUGAAGCAGAGCUCAGGUAUCAAGAAUACAAGUCAGAAUAUAUAUCGACUCAGAAAAGAGCUUAUUUUGAUGCACAUAAAGAUGAAGAAUGGUUAAAAGAUAAGUAUCAUCCAACAAACUUGCUUGCUGUCAUAGAAAGGAGGAAUGAGAUUGCACAGAAGUUGGCUAAGGAGUUUCAGCUUGAUCUGCAGAGUGGGACACUGGAUUUAGGUCCCAGUGUUAGUCCCUCAUCUUCGAACAAAUUGGAACAGUCUAGUGAUCCUCAUUCUGCUGAUGAAGCAGACAUAGGUGGCAAAAGAAGGCGGCCUGGUCGGGGGGUGACCAAAGAUUUUGAUCUUUCAGCUACCCCAAAGGCUCAUCCUGUUAGUUCUGAGCCCAGACGAAUCCAGAUUGACAUUGAACAAGCGCAGGCUCUUGUUCGGAAACUUGAUUUGGAGAAAGGAAUUGAAGAUAAUGUACUAUGCCGUGUUGAUAGUGAUAGAAUGGGUAGAGAUAAGUCUCAUGGUGGUUCAAGUGGCCCAGUAAUUAUCAUACGAGGUUUGAGCUCAGUCAAAGGUCUUGAAGGGAUUGAGCUACUCGACACACUUCUUACAUAUCUCUGGCGCAUUCAUGGGGUGGAUUAUUAUGGGCUGAUUGAAACAAAUGAAGCUAAAGGUCUCCGGCACGUUAGAGCGGAUGGCAAGAAUACUGAUGCAACUAGUAAUGGGAUGGAGUGGGAGAAGAAACUAGAUUUUUGUUGGCAAGAGAGGCUGAAGGGUUUGGAUCCCCUGGAAGUAAUGACUGCGAAGGAAAAGAUAGAUGCCGCCGCCGCUGAAGCCUUGGAACCUCAUGUCCGCAAAAUUAGGGAUGAGAAGUAUGGAUGGAAGUAUGGCUGUGGAGCAAAAGGUUGUACAAAACUCUUCCAUGCUUCCGAGUUUGUCCACAAACAUUUGAAGUUGAAACACCCAGACCUUGUGAUGGAACUGACUUCAAAAGUCCGUGAAGAGUUGUAUUUCCAGAACUACAUGAGUGAUGAAAAUGCUCCUGGAGGGACACCUGUCAUGCAGCAAUCUGUACCGAAGGAGAAGCCACAGAGACGGAGGCCUGGUCCUGACAACCGAGGAAAGGAUGAAAGAGGAAACCUUAGAGAACGUGAUAAUCGCGCCAAUGGAGGUGAAAGAUUUGAUGGGUCUGAAAACCCACAGUUAGGGGAUUUCCCAUCCAACAAUGAUGGUGCACCUGGAAACAAUCCCGAUGAACCAAUGUUUGAUACUUUCCCCAGCCAAGGCAUACAUGUUGCUUCUUUCCCAUCAGAUAUACCUCCUCCUGUACUGAUGCCUGUUCCUGGUGCUGGACCAUUGGGUCCUUUUGUUCCGGCUCCUCCUGAAGUUGCAAUGCGAAUGUUGCGAGACCAGGGAGGCCCUUCCCCGUUCGAAGGUGGUAGAAAUGGGAGGUCAGGGCCCCAGUUGAGCGGGCCUUCCCCAAUAAUUGCUUUACCUCCCUCUUUUCGACAGGAUCCUCGACGCUUACGAAGCUAUAAUGACCUGGAUGCACCGGAAGAUGAAGUCACUGUCAUAGACUACAGGAGUUUGUAG